AUGUCUCCCUUUUGGAAGACCGUCCUCUGCCUGACACUGUUUGCCGCAUGGCGAUCGCAGUCGACGCAAGCACGCGGCGGCCCCAUGCUUGCCACGGCGCCUCCGGGUGGCCACUCGGCGUCAAUGGUAGGCAGCGACGCCGGCGGGGAGGCGUCGAGCCAGCUGCGUCUCGCCAGGGAGGUCGGCGUCCGGGCGGCAGCCGGCAGGAGGAGCAACUUCAUCAUCUCGCCGCUAUCCAUCCACGCGGCGCUCGCGCUGGUGGCCGCCGGCACGCGGGGCGAGACGCGCCAGGAGCUCCUGGGCUUCCUCGGGUCAGCGUCGCUCGACGAGCUGCACGGCGCGGCCGCGUCGGAGCUGGUAGGCAAGCUCAACGGCCUGACGCAGACGUCCUUCGCCUGUGGCGUGUGGGUCGACCGGGCGCACGUGCUGCAGCCGGAGUUCAUGGCCGCCGCCGGGUCGAGGUACGGUGCCACCGCGGAGUCCGUGGACUUCGCCAUGGACGCCGAGAAGGCCAGGCAGCGAGUGAACGGCUUCGUGGCGGACGCGACCAACAAGCUCAUCCGCGAAGUCCUCCCUCCGGGAUCCGUUGACUCGUCCACGGUAGUCGUCCUCGCCAACGCGCUCUACUUCAAGGGGACCUGGGCCCGGCCGUUCGACAAGUCGGCGACCUUCACCGCGCCGUUCCAUACCCCAGACGGCACCGUCGUGCGCGUGCCCUUCAUGACGACGGGCCGGUUCGAGUUCAAGCAGUACGUCGCCGUCUACCCGGGCUUCAGAGCCCUCAGACUGCCCUACAACAUCGACGGCGACCACCACGCGCCGCCGCAAGCUGCGUUCUACAUGCUUCUCCUUCUCCCGGACGGCGCCACUCUCAGCCUCGCGGAUCUCUACGACAAUGCGGUCGCGGCGCCGGAGUUCAUCAAGAGCCACACGCCGGCAGACGACGUCCCGGUCGGGCGGUUCAUGGUCCCAAAGUUCAAGUUCUCCUUCGAGUUCGAGGCGUCCUCGGACAUGCGCAAGCUUGGAGUCACCAGGGCUUUCAACGGCGGCGACUUCUCCGGCAUGGUGAGCGGUGGGGAGGGGCUCUCCAUCACGGGGGUGUACCAUAAGGCCACCAUCGAGGUGGACGAGCUGGGCACCGUCGCCGCUGCAGCAACGGCCGUGAGCAUUCCUUUGAGUGGAAGCUCACGGCCUCCGGUCGACUUCGUUGCAGAUCGGCCCUUCUUAUUCGCCAUUGUUGAGGAGAAAACCAGCGCGGUGCUGUUUCUUGGCCAUGUGGUCAAUCCUCUCGCUGAAUGA